AUGCAAGACUUUGAUCCACAGAAACUCGCCAAGCAAAUUGCUGGUAUGUUGGGUUCGGGACGUGGUGGUUCCUCUUACAGAAGCGGAGGUGGAAAAGGUUUAGGAUUGGCCACAGCUGCCCUUGCCAUGUUUGGAUUGGGUGGUUUUGCUCUCUACAAUUCCAUCUAUGUCGUCGAAGGAGGUUUCAAGGCCAUCAAAUUCAAUCGAUUCACUGGUGUUGGUGAUAAAGUCUUUGGAGAAGGGUAUCACUUGUUGAUCCCCGGAAUUGAAAGACCAAUUAUUUAUGACCAAAGAGCAACACCAAAAGUAAUUUCAUCAAAUACCGGCUCUAAAGAUUUACAAGUUGUAAACUUGAGUGUUCGUGUCUUGUACAAGCCUGAUGUAACUCGAUUGGAUGAAAUUUAUAGAAAUUUGGGAUUGAAUUAUGCGGAUAGAGUUUUACCGAGUAUUGUGAAUGAAGUUUUGAAAAGUGUUGUUGCUCAAUUUACUGCUGCAGAAUUACUCACAAAACGUCCUGAUGUGAGCGCUAGAAUUAGAGAUUCACUUGUUGCUCGAGCAAGAGAUUUUAACGUUGUGAUCGAUGAUGUUGCAAUUACUCACUUGAGGUUUGGUGAUGAAUAUAGUGCUGCUGUUGAAAGAAAACAAGUUGCACAACAAGAGGCUGAACGAGCCAAAUUCAUUGUAGAAAAAGCAAAAGAGGAGAAAAAGUCAAUGAUUCUGAAAGCUGAAGGAGAAAGUGAGGCUAUUCGAUUGGUUGGAGAUGCCACACGAAAUAACAAUGCCUUCUUAGAGUUGCGAAGAAUUGAAGCAGCUCAACAAAUUGCAGAAACCCUUAGCAAUUCACAAAACAGAGUGUUCCUCAAUAGUGAUACUUUAUUAUUGAACUUGAAUUCUAAUUUGAAACCUUUGGACACCUCUUCUAUUACAGUUAGUACCAAUGACACCCAAACCAAUCAAUCCUCAGAAAUAUAA